AUGAUGGCUGUCCUCCUGAUCCUGCUAGCUCCUCUGCUCUUCAGUAGUGGCCUCGCAGCACCUCGCUCUGGGGACAGGUUGGACGUGCAGGAAAAUGUCCUCAACCCGUUCACGCCGGGGGUCCGACCAGCUCAGUCUUCUACAGGGAUAUCUGCAAGAUGAAGACCCUAUGGAAGAAAACACUUCUGACAUGAAGAGAGAAACUGUCAUCUUACACCUCUUUGUCCUCCAUGACUUUGAUAAGAGUGGACUUCUGGAUGGGCUGGAGCUCAUGCGUCUUCUUCGCAGAAUCCUGGCUAAAAGUCUUCAGAGGGAACCUUCAGAAGAUUUGGUCAUUUCUCUGGUAGAUGACAUUUUGGUGAAACAAGACCUCAACCAGGAUGGUCUACUUAGCGCCCAGGAACUUGUCACAACGCCAAUCUCUAAAGCCGAGGACUCACCAACUGUUAAUAUGGCCAUCCCCAUCCCUCCGGGGGCCCACCCUGGAGCCUCAGAGGAUAAGGAUCAUAUACAGACUAACACUACCAAUGCGUCAGAAGCUGCUGAUCAGGAGGAAAUAUCCAAGGACAAUAUAAAAGAGCAGACCCAUGAGCCUGCCCUGUCCCAAGAAGAAGCAGAGGAGCCUGCUGUGAUCGAUCAUGAAGCUGCAUCAGUAGAGAGAACCAAUGAGAGUGAAGAAGUGGAGGAGCCAACGGAAGUGGAUGGAGAGAAACAAUUCAACCAGGACAAGGCUGUAUCUGAGGAUGAGAUGUAA